UCUAUUAUUUUUUUACAUUUACGUAAACAAAAGUGGCUAAACUAGACCGAUUUUCAUCUAUGUAUCUUAAAAUGCAUUGAGAUCGAGGAAUCUGUAUUAUUUUUAUCAUUUUCUUGUGCGAUUAAAACUGAGAAGAACAGUAUAACCUAUAAGAAUGUUACGAAUACCGGUUCGAAGCAGAGUUGGACUUGAAAAGUCGCUGGUUCGUAUGAAGUCGUCGAGCAGCUUUAUACGAAGCACUUUUAUCGACUAUUUUGUCCAUGAUCACGGCCAUAAGCAUGUAAAAUCAAGCUCAGUGGUGCCUCUGUGCGACCCCUCGGUGCCCUUCGUGAAUGCUGGCAUGAAUCAGUUUAAAGGUGUGUUCCUCGGUCGAGUGGAGCCUCCAUGCCUUCGUGCUGUCAACUCUCAGAAGUGUGUCCGCGUUGGAGGGAAACACAAUGAUCUGGAAGUGGUCGGCUCUGACGGACACCAUCAUACCUUCUUUGAGAUGCUUGGAAACUGGUCCUUUGGGGACUAUCAUAAGAAAGAAGCAUGUAAAAUGGCAUGGGAUCUGCUCCUGGGCCCGUACCGGUUCAAGCCGGAAGACCUGGUGGUGACAUACUUCGAGGGUGAUCCUAUCAUUUGCAUCACGGAGGACAGGGAGUGCAGGGACAUUUGGAAAGCCCUAGGCGUCCAGGCCAGCAGGCUCAAAGCCCUUGGGACGGCAGACAACUUCUGGGAGAUGGGCACCACUGGGCCCUGCGGACCCUGCACUGAAAUACACUAUGUCAACCCGGAUGGCAGCCUUACGGAGAUAUGGAAUAUUGUGUUCAUACAGUGCAACAGGGAAGCCGAUGGUUCAGUGAAGCCGCUCCGCAAGCACCACGUGGACACGGGCAUGGGUCUCGAGCGGGCCACGGCCCUCAUUCAAGGCGCCAAGUCCAACUACGAUACGGACUUAUUCCAGCCCCUUAUGAAGGCGAUUGAGCAGAACAGCCCGGGUGCGCCGCGCUACACGGGGCAGUUCGGCGCGGAGGCGCAACUGGACGACGCGUUCCGCCGCCUCGCCGACCACGCGCGCAUGCUCGCCGUCUGCCUCGCGGACGGCGCCUUCCCGAAUACCAACCUAAACUUAAAACAGAUAAUGCGCACGUCCCUAAAGAUAGCCACAGACAUAUUCGGCAACCAUCGGCUCGUGCGCAUAUUGUACGACGAAGUAGCUUCCACACUUGGGCACGCGUACCCAGAGCUGGAGUCGAGAGCGAAGGACGCCAAGCUGAUUAUAGAGCACGAGGAACAGGCUUACAAGAGAUUGCGGUCAGAGCUGGUGAAGAAGUGGCGAGAUCUGCUGUCGCAGCACCCGGAGGCCGAGGCUAUGAUAGACGUGGAGAUGGCCGGGUUUCCACGAGGCUAUACGGAGUUUAAGGAAGUCAUGGCCAAGCAAACCUCACCCGUAAUACCAGGGGAGUUAGUAUUCAAACUGUAUGACACCCACGGCUUUCAAGAGGACGUGAUCGAACGCAUCGCCAAACUAAACAACGUCACCAUAGACAAACAAGGCUUCUGGAAGCUUCUUCAACAACACAAGACACGACACAAGACCGCCAUACAAGAACAAACCGCCAGCAGAGCGCAAAAGUUCGAGAAGGCCAUAGAAAAUCUUAAAAAAGAUAACAUCACCUCAACCAACGACUCAUAUAAAUACAAAUACUCGAUAAAAGAUAAUAAAAUCCAAUUUGAACCUCUUAAAACUAAAGUAGCAGCAAUUUUAAACGAAGAAGGCGAAUGGAUAGACUUUUUAGAGCCAUCCGAAAAUGAACCUUAUUACCUAAUAACUAAAGACACUAAUUUCUAUUGCGAGGAAGGCGGGCAGAUCGCGGAUUCAGGCGUUAUUCAUAUAAACAAUAGAGUUCAUUUGAAAGUGGAAAGUGUUUUUAAAAUCCGCGAUUUCGUGUUCCAUAAAGGCAGUUUCACAAUAACGGAUCCCAUAGACAAUGAUUUCGGUUAUGAUAGUGAAGUGUUAUUAGAAAUAGAUAAUGAGAAACGUGUUAAUGUGAUGAGGAAUCAUACGGCAGUGCAUUUAUUGAAUGCGGCGGUUAGGAAAGUGUUGCCGGAUAGUGUGGUGUGUCAGACCGGGUCUAGUGUUAUUGAUAAGGGGUUGUCUUUAAAUUUGUCGGUUUAUGGACAACGGCUGACGCAGGAUGUGAUGAUGCGAGCGCAGGAGUUGAUCCGUGAAUCAAUUCAGGCCAACACGCCAGUGGAAUCCCGUGUGAUAGACAGUCUGCAGCUAAACGAGUCCAUACUAACGGUUCCCGGAGAGAGCUACCCAGAAACCGGGUUGCGUGUAGUAGAAGCUGGCGGGCCGCUCCCUUCCAAAGAGCUAUGUUGCGGUACGCACGUCCCAUCCACGGGUCAUAUCGGCGAGCUGUGUAUAACACUAGUAAAAGCUGCUGGAGGCACCUCGCCAAACAUCCAUGCCAUCACCGGUCCGAGAGCUACUGAGGCGCGCGAACUCUUCUGCAAAUCCCACCAACUGUUCAAAGUCUCGGACCUUCUGGGUCCCGAACAGAGCAAGGAGCAAGUGACGGAGAUCAAACGGCGGCUAUCCGAGCUGUGUGCCGGCAGCGGGGCGCCGUACGCUGAGUAUAGCCAGUGCCUUGACGUGCUGGAUAGAGUGCAGAAAACUGUUGCUACCAAUGACCUCGCUUUACAUUCAAUCGUGGAAGAAGAAAUCCGCGACGCAACCGACGAAGCGACCCGCGACGGGCGACGCUUCGUCGUCCACUUCCUACGAUGCUCCUACAUCAUGGCGCCCAUCACGGCCACUACGGCGCUGAGGAGCCACCGCGCUGGCGGCACGCCCACGCUACUGCUGGGCUGCGCUCAGGGCGUCAUCACGGCCGUCUGCACGGUGCCCAAGGACAUGACGUCACACUCAUUCAACGCGAAACAAUGGCUAAGCAGUAUUCUGCCAGUAUUCAAAGCGGAGUUGGUACCGACGCCCGACAAUGAAUCCAACACAUACGCCGAGAUGACUGGCACUAAGGUGAGCCUAAUAACCUGCGAGCAGCUGGUGCAGGACGCGAUGCGCGCCGCCAUUAAGUACGCCAACACACACACCACCACCACUGACGACUCCAACACCAAAGUGGCCGACGCCAACUGAACUUUUGACGGUAUCAUCGCUGGACUGUCCAUUGGUGGAUCUUAUGCCUUUUGUAAUAAGAACACUUUUAAACUCUCGCGCUUUGUACACGUAUAGAUGGUCGAGCAAAUCUUGUCAGUAUCGAAAGGCGCGAAAUUCAAAUUUUCUAUGAGACGAUAUUCCUUCGCGCCUACAUUUUUCAAAUUUGCCGCCUUCUACUGACAAGAUCUGCUCGACCAACUAUAUUUGAAUACACUAUAGUGUAAACAACAUUAUUUGCGGUAUUUGACGUCUGUCACUCACAACAGCAAUACUACGUAAAAUGUCUUGCACAUCGAAAUCACAAAGGAAAACAACUGCACUGCGAACGUUUACGUUCUACGUCUUUUUUUUAUUUAUUCUGGGGUUGGCCGGACACCACCGUCAUGAAUCGGUAGUCGUCUAAACAAAUCGAUAUGAAUUUUUCAUUUUUCUUUUAAUAAAAAUAAGGAAAAGGUGGAUAAUUAACUGUAAAUAUGGAUAUAUUUAUCGUCACUUAACAGACAACAAAUUUGACACAGAAAUAACAUAAAUAAACUUUAAAAUAGAUCCCCAGUUAGUUUCAAUUUUGACAGUGGGUGCGACCUACUCGGUCGGUGUAUUAAAUGCAUUUAGCUUGCGGGAAAACCAUAUAAUUCUAGCUUUAUUUAAAUCUCAAAUAAAAAUUCAUUAUACGUCACAAUUCGAUACCUCAGUCUACGUGCCAUCCAAUCGUAAUCGCUUGCUGUGACAAUCGAUUUGCGUUAGUUACAUCUCUAUAUACGUCAGUCAUAAUGUGUCAAAUACCGCAAAUAAUGUUGUUUAUACUAUAACGGGUCUAACGCGAUAUAAUUCCAUUCGACGUUUCAGCUGAGUUGCACCAGCGGUACUCCCGUUAGUGUAUUUAAAUAUGUUUUUGUAAUAAGGUCCACCGAUGGACAGUUAACCGAUUCGUUGCGUGUACCAUUUUCGAAAACUUUUGGCUGUGGCGCGGAACAAUCAUUUCAUGACACGGCAGGCAUGCCAUGCGCCAUAGACUAUGAUGACACUCCUCCCGUGUCAUACGCCACACGUAAAAAACAUUGAUGACACGGCAGGCGUGGCAUCAGCACCGAAUCGGUUAAGAGUCUAGCUGUUGCUGGGUAAACGCGCGUUGCUAAGGUUUGCGAGGAAAUAAAAACUUAGAGGAUAUAACCAAUGGAGACGCCAUGUCUAAAAUUUUCGGUACAAAAUAGUCUGCCGUUUUUUGCGGGGGAGGGGCACAUCAAAUGUAUAGGCACGUCAUGUCAGAUAAACGUCAGUCCAUACAUAUGGUUGA